CCUCCCUCCCACUUUUCUUUUCACUUUCCCGCUCUCGUUUUCAAGCUGCUUCUUUAUUCUCUCCUCUCUUCGAUUUAGGGUUCGUUUAGAUUCAUUAGUUCCUUCACCAAACGCUUCGGAUCUUGUUCUAAAUUCUCUUAACGGUUAAGGAGGAGAUAUGGCAGGUAAAGGCGGCAAGGGGCUUAUCACUACAAAGACAACUACGUCUGCUGCUGCUAACAAAGACAAGAAGAAAUCCAUCUCUCGCUCUUCUCGUGCCGGUAUUCAGUUUCCAGUGGGUCGUAUCCAUCGUCAACUCAAGGCACGUGUUUCAGCACACGGGAGAGUUGGCGCCACCGCUGCAGUCUACGCGGCAUCGAUUCUCGAGUACUUGACUGCGGAAGUUCUCGAGUUAGCUGGGAACGCGAGCAAAGAUCUGAAGGUGAAGAGGAUCACUCCGAGGCAUCUGCAGCUUGCGAUCAGAGGAGACGAGGAGCUCGACACUCUCAUCAAAGGAACAAUCGCUGGAGGUGGUGUCAUCCCCCACAUCCACAAGUCUCUCAUCAACAAAACCACUAAUGAGUGAAGUGAUGAGCUUCAGCUCUAGAUUUAUGUGCUUUUGCUUUGUGUUUUAGCUUAUUUGUUUUAGUCUGCUCUCUCUCUUCUGGACCAUCCUCAAGUGUAUAUGGGCUAAAUCUUAACCUCGUAGGUUUCUCUCGUUUUUAGACUCCUUUCUCUUGUGAUCUUUCUAAUGGCUACUAAGUACUAUGAUUGUUAUUGGUUUUCUUUACU